GUGUGUGUGUGUGUGAGAGAGAGAGAGAGAGAGAGAGAGAGAGAGUUAGCAUGUGGGUUUGUGUGUGUGGUGAGAGAGAGAUAGUGUGUGUAUCUGUGAAUUUGUGUGUGUGUGUUUAUCUGUGAUUUUUUGUGUGUGAGAGUGUGUAUCUGUGAAUUUGUGUGUGUGUGAGAGAGAGAGAUAGUGUGUGUAUCUGUGAAUUUGUGUGUGUGUGUGUGUAUCUGUGAAUUUGUGUGUGUGUGAGAGAGAGAUAGUGUGUAUCUGUGAAUUUGUGUGUGUGUGUGUAUCUGUGAUUUUGUGUGUGUGAGAUAGUGUGUGUGUGUGUGUGUGUGUGUGUGUGUAUCUGUGAAUUUGUGUGUGUGUGUAUCUGUGAUUUUGUGUGUGUGAGAGAGAGAGAUAGUGUGUGUAUCUGUGAAUAUGUGUGUGUGUGUGUGUGUGUGUGUGUAUCUGUGAUUUUGUGUGUGUGAGAGAGAGAGAUAGUGUGUGUAUCUGUGAAUAUGUGUGUGUGUGUGUGUGUAUCUGUGAUUUUGUGUGUGUGUGUGUGAGAGAUAGUGUGUGUAUCUGUGAAUUUGUGUGUGUGUGUGUGUGUGUGUGUGUGUGUGUGAUUUUUGGUGUGUGUCUGUGAUAUAGUGUGUGUGUGUGAAUAUGUGAGAGAGAGAGUUAGUAUAAACUCAGCAAAAAAAAAGAAAGGUCCUCUCACAUUCAGCUCACAUUUCCAGCAAAUGUCUUAACAUGUGUAAAUAUUUGUAUGAAGAUGAAAAGAUUGAACAACGGAGAUAAUCUGAAGAAGUUUCACAGACGUUUGAGGAAGAGAAAUGGAGUAAUGAGUCCCUGAAUAAAGUGGAGGUGGAUAUCAGGAGGAACAGUCAGUAUCUCCAGCUGCUUUAACUACUGCAGUGCAGCACCGGAUUGGUCAGUUCUUGCUGUGAGAUGUUCCUCCACUCUUCCACCAAGUCCUCCAUCACGUCUGAAGGGACACGCUUACGUGUAAGGUUCCACUGCGAGGACGAUGAUCUGUCCUUCCCGUCUCCCUGUAGCACCGUCUCAGACGUCUUACGUUACAGACAUUACAGUUUAUCGCUCCGGACACAUCUGCAGUCCUCACGCCUCCCUGCAGCAGGUCUACGGCAUGUUCACGCAGGAGAGCAGGAACCCUAGGUGUCUUUCUCCUGGUGUUGUUCAGAGUCAGUAGAAAGGUCCCUUUACUGUCUUGACUUAUUGUAACUGACAUUAAUCACCUUCCGCCUGUAAACUGUUCCAGUCUUAAGGACUGUUCCACAGCUGCAGAACCCUUCGUUUAAACCCUUUCCAAUAAAGAUCUGUAAAGAUUAUUCAGAUUUUACAAAAUGAUCUUUAAAACACAGACUCCUGGAAAAGGGACUGUGUGUGUGUGUGUGUGUGUGUGUGUGUGUGUGUGUUUGCAGAAACAUACAGAGUGUCCUGUGUUUGGCCUUCCAAGUACUGUGUUUGCUUUCAACUCUGUGUGUGUGUGUGUGUGUGUGUGUGUGUGUGUGCGCAUUAAUGUUGUGUGACCUCAGUGGUGAAAGAGACUGCUUUUUCCUCUGACCAUUUCUCCUACAGCGCUCUCUCUCUCUCACACACACACACACUGUACUACAGACUCGCGUUCUCUCAGUAGAUUAAAAUCGUAUUCAGGGGAAAACAGUUCUUCUGGUGCGUGAGGUUUGAGGAAUUUAGUUAGAACUGAAAUGUAUUUUCUUUAGUUAAAAAAAAAAAGAAAAUUAUUCUGUUGAUUUGAUUUUUUUUCCAUGUAUUUUUUAAUGGAUUUUGUUUUAUUUGUUAUUUCCCAUCAGGUGAGAGACCAUGAUACGUGUUGUGUUGAUGAUGGUCCUGCUGGGAGGCGUGUUUGCGGCGCCGUUCGCCAAGCCGGAACAGGCGAAGCGCUUCAUCCGUCAGAAGAGGCAGAUCGGCUACUGGGACCCCAGUCACUCUCAGAACGUGUGGGGCUACACGGUGCAGGAACAGGCUAAUGAGUACUGGACUGCGUUGAGGACAGACACUCAGUAUUACAUGGACAUGGGAAACCUGGUGUUUGACCGCUCUGUGGCAGAUGAGAACUACAGGAUGUACAUGGAAAUGCUGAGGAAUGCAAGAGCACAUCUCGACGCGAUCUCCGGCCGACAGCGAUAGAUCAGACGGAUUAGAUUGAUCGGACAGUGAUGGAUGAUUCGAUGACGGAUCGCUCUGCUGAUUCAGUGCCGGAUGGUGAAGCUGCUCUUUGUUGGAUGCUUUUCUAGCGUAGAACUGCAGACAUUUCUGUUCAUGUAAAGCUCGUUCUGUUGGUCGUUUUAUUCUGUUCCAUAUCGCAACACGCACCUGUUGACACAGGUUACCUGAUGCAGGUGUGUUUGGAGCUGGAACAGACCGCGUUCAUGAAUAUGGAUUGAGAUCCUCUGGCCUUUAGGUUAGGAAACAGAAAAUAAUAAAUUCAUAUCGUCUGCUCGCACCCAGUGUCUGAAGUCUCUUGUUUAGCACAAUAAUAAGAUUUGAGGAGGGUGUUGAAAUGCCAGAGAGGAGACAUCUACUGUUCUGGGGUGGUACUGCUAGUAAAACAAGAAACUAAGCAUUGUUUGUUUAGAGACCUUUACGCAGGUUUCAAAUCAGAAUUUCUAAACAGCUCAGCUAGCAAAACUAGAUGAUUUUAUUUGUUCCAAGUUUUGGUUUCUGUUUUAUUUUAUUGUGAAUUUUUUAUUAGCAAAAACACAGAGUACAUAAAGUACCUGAGUGUUACCUUUUGGCUAAAAGAUUUGCAGUUUGUGUUGCUAUUUUUGUGUGUGUAUAUACAGUAGAAUCAGCAACGCUUUUGUUGACCCAUUAGGGAGCCAUUUGGCUUUCCAUACACCCCUCCCUGUCACCCUCCGGUGUGUGGAGGCAGAUCUGGCUGAAGACACCAAAGCAUGCUGGCCAAGAUCCCCUUCUGUGAUAGCGAAUCGGUUCCCAAACGAAUCGGUUCUUCUUUUUUUUUUUUUAAGGACUCAUUUAAUUCAUUAGUCGAAUGAAUCAAUUUGUGAAAGGGAGGACAUAAACACGCAUGCAUGUGGUGGAAAUGGGAUCAAAUUUAGCCUGUACAAUAUAUUUACUUCUACAUUUUAUUUAACACGCAGUUUAUAUAAUACACAGCGCCUUCCAUUAAUAUUGGCACCCUUGGUAAGUAUGAGCAAAGAAGGCUGUGAAAAAUUGUCUUUAUUGUUUAACCUUUUGACCUUUUGUCCAAAAAAUUAACCAAAAAAAAUUUUGGGGGGGAUAAACCUGUGUUAUGGUUGCAAUUGCUUGAUAUCCGUGAGAGCAGAGUGUUUUUGUGAGGUUUUUUUUUUUAAAACAAAAGAUCAAAAGCUUAAACAAUAAAGACAAUUUUUUCACAGCCUUCUUUGCUCAUAUUUAACAAGGGUGCCAAUAUUAAUGGAUGGCACUGUGUAUAAGAUUUCCACAAAACAAAGUGCUUCAGAUUUAAAAUAUUUAAAUCCUUAAAUAUAGUUUUAAGGCUAAUCUACCUCUAAAUGCAAGCUACCAAAUGACAAAGAAUUACAGUUUUGCAUGAUAUUUUAGCAUGCAGAUAUGAAUAGUGAAUCAAAAGAAUCACCUCACACGUGUCGGUUUUGGUAAAACGCGUUUGUUCAGAAGUGUCGACUCAGUGGUGACUCGUGAUGGAGAUCUCUGACUCCUCCCUGUGCCAAGUGAAACAGACGGAGCGGACCGCAGGGUGAGUGCCAACAUCCCUCUCUCUAACACAUCUUAGCCAUUAAUUCAUCUAUUUUCAUUAUAAUUCUGCUUCCGCUUUGAUGUUUGAUGUCUGAGAAUCAUGGCACGUGCGCACACGUCGCAUUACGUUUCUGUAAAUGAUGCUCUGUUGUGUUUGAUGUCUUUAUUUCGUGAUGAGAGAUUUAUGCGUCAUGCGAAGUGUGUGUGUGUGUGUGUGUGUGUGUGUGUAUGUAUGUGUGUUCGUAUGUGUGUUCAUCUGCUAAUUAGCAUGAGAUGAUGCACUGCGCUCUCGCGCGUUUGUUCAUUAAAGAUAAAAGCUGUUAUGCGGUGUGGAGGCGCGCGCGAUGGACGCCAUGCGGAGCAUCCUUUCUAAUUAUGAAGAGUGAAACGGUGCAACAUCAACAGUGGAUAGGAAGGAGAAAGGACACACACACACACACACAGAGAGAGAGAGCGGAAGAGAGCUGAAGAUGCCUUAAAACAUGCAGUCUGCCUGCUUUUUUAAUUAGUGUGUGUGUGUGUGCGCGCUGACAUGGCAUCAUUUCAUGACUGCAUGUUUGUGUUCCUGUUUGUUUUUUUCCCCAACCCCCCCAGCAGUCCUCCUUGUGUCCGUGGAGCAGAUCAGUGAUACUCAGAGCCAAUGGCGAACCGAGGGCCGAGUUAUGGCCUGAGCCGCGAGGUGCAGGAGAAGAUCGAUCAGAAGUACAACGUUGAGCUGGAGACUCGACUCGUGGACUGGAUCAUGGCUCAGUGUGGAGACGACCUGCAGCGCCCACAACCUGGCAAGCAGAACUUCCAGAACUGGCUCAUGGACGGCACGAUUCUCUGCCGACUCAUUAACAGUCUUUACCCGAGCGACAUGCGGCCCAUACAGAAGAUUCCUGAAACCAAGAUGGCCUUUAAGCAGAUGGAGAAAAUCUCUCAGUUCCUACAGGCUGCAGAAGCUUAUGGCGUUACCAGAGGAGACAUCUUCCAGACUGUUGACUUGUGGGAAGGGAAGGACAUGGCUGCUGUCCAGAGGACACUCAUGGCUCUGGGAAGUGAAGCUGUCACCAAAGACGAUGGUUAUUACCAUGGCAACAAGGACUGGUUCCACAGGAAAGUUAAAGGCCACAGGAGGGAGUUCUCAGAGGAGCAGCUGCGUCAGGGUCGUGCUCUGAUCGGCAUGCAGAUGGGCAGUAACCGCGGUGCGUCUCAGGCGGGUAUGACGGGCUACGGCACACCGCGACAGAUCAUGCGCUACGACUCGCCACGCCGCGACGGGGAACAAAGCUCCCCCUAAAACUCCCCUCACAAUGGUACAACCCAGAACCCCAAAUCAGAUCCAGAGCUCUUCCUUUUAAAUUAUGUUAAAUUUUUCUUCGCAGAUUUCUGUCCAUAUUUAUUUUCUCACUAUAACGAUUCACACCUCGUGCUCCUUCAGCAAUGAAAGAAUUAGAAAUAACCCAAUGUUUUAAAAUUAUAUCGUGAAGUACAAAACUACCACGUGUUUAACAUCGAGCUGCUAAGUAGCUUGCUAAUUGGCUAAAUCUGUUCACGUGCGAGUCAGUGACCUGCUCUCUUUGUAUGUUGUUGUUUAUUCUUUCCCCAAUUUAAGGAAGCAAAAGAUUGCCCUUCUUUUUUUCCCUCUUCAGAGAACAGUAAGGAUUUCUGUUAGCAAUAUAAAAUAAAAGAAAAAAUGAAAGACUAAAACUUUUUUUUUUUAAAAAGGACAGAAAAGUUAUUUUUCUUUAAAAUGCACGUGUGCAUGUGCACAUGGACAAAUCAUAAACAGAAUAAAUUUACCACAGAACAGGCAUGAAAACAAAUAAAAUAAUUUAAAACAUAAAAUAAAAUAAAUAUACGUCUAGCAGAGCGUCUGGCCCCAACAUGGCCUCCUAGCUAAAAAAUCAACACCGUGGGUUUUUUUUUUAAUACUACAGCUCAGGGGAAUGAGAAAUCUAUGGACGAAUAAAGACAAAUCAGACUCGCUUUAGCUCACAUGCUACAAAGGUAGCCGUUAGCUUAACCACGUGUACUGUAGUAUCCAUGGAAUAAAUAUCGCACUCGAAGACUAUGGAUCUGGAAUUAGCUGAACACGAAGAGCUCAUUUCUGGAUCAGUUCUCAACAUCAAACAUCAAACAGCUUAAUGCUAACAAGCGUACAUACCGGAUGUAUCCUGAUAUACGUAUAAGAAGAAAGAACAGAAGGUGCCAAGUUAUCUAAGGUUAUGAAAACAAAGCUGUG